AAUCUCUUCGCGCAUGUUCACAGUCUCCGGGUGGACGGUGUUAUCCUCUCCGCUCAGAGUUGAAGUAGGUCGGCUGUGUGAUCGGGAAAGACUUUCGUCUCUUCCGUCGGGAUCACUGUCUGCGGGCCGAAGAUAUCACUUUCCCAUCGACCUGCAGUGAGAGAUUUAUUGGAAGAAAACCCACGACUGAAGACAAGGGAACAGCAACAAGUGAACCAGCCCCAGGAUUGAGAGCAUCAACUGGAGAGGACCCAUCUGACUCGGAGAUUCCAGUGAUUCAGUCAGGAGAAAGUUUGUUCUGACAGCAGACUAUCGAGUGAAACUUCGAUGGAGCAGAGUCAGAAACCGAAGAGUUGCCAGCCUGAGUCAGGGCUUUUGGGGUUCCUGAGAGAGUUGGGGUCUAGAGUUUACAAGGAGAAGGAGGAAACAGACCAGCUGGAUGUGGCUACAAAAGAAAGAUUAGAAGCAUUUGGAAACUGGUUGAUCAAAAAAAAAAGGUUAAAAAUGACAAGGAAUUUGUCUACGGGAAUCCCGAACACAACACACCAGUUUUGCUGUCUCUGUCCAGAUACUUAAGAAGAGGAGCAAGCGAUUCACUCGAUCAUCCUUCCUGCUCAGACUGCGGAGAGGGAUUCACUCGAUCAUCUGACCGACUGGCACGCCUGUAAUUUCAAACAUCUGCUCAGACAGUGGGAAUGGAUUCAGUCGGUCAACUCAACUGAAGGUACAGCAGCAAGUUCACACAGGGACGAGACCAUUCACCUGUUCUGUGUGUGAGAAGGGAUUCAGUCAGUCUUCCCACCUGCAGACACAUCAGUCAGUUCACCCUGGGCAGAGGCUGGUCAUCUGCUGAAUUUGUGGGGAAGGAUUCACUCGGUCAUCUGACCUAAUGGCUCACCAGCGAGUUCACACUGGAGAGAGGCCGUUCACCUGCUUGGACUGUGGGAAGGGGUUCACUUGGUCAUGCCAUCUGAAGCUACAUCAGAGAGUUCACACUGGGGAGAGGCCAUUUACCUGCUCAGUCUGUGGGAAGAGAUUCACUCAGUCAUCCAGCCUAAUGGCUCACCAGCAAGUUCACACUGGAGAGUGGCCGUUCACCUGCUUGGACUGUGGGAAGGGGUUCACUCAGUCAUGCCAUCUGAAGGUACAUCAGCGAAUUCACACUGGGGAGAGGCCGUUCACCUGCUCAGACUGUGGGAAGGGAUUCACUCAGUCAUCUGAACUGAAGGUACAUCAGCGAGUUCACUCUGGUGAGAGGCCAUUCACCUGCUCAGACUGUGGGAAAGGAUUCACUCAGUCAUUUAAGCUCAAAAUACAUCAGCGAGUUCACACUGGAGAGAAGCCGUUCACCUGCUCAGACUGUGGGAAGGGAUUCACUCAGUCUGCCCACCUACGAUCACACAUGUCAGUUCACACUGGGAAGAGGCCGUUUACCUGUUCAUACUGUGGGGAGGGAUUCAUUUUGUCAUCACAGCUGCUGGCACAUCAGCGAGUUCACACUGGGGAGAGACCGUUCACCUGCUCAGACUGUGGGAAGGGAUUCACACAGUCGUACAGCCUACUGGUUCACCAGCGGCUUCACACCGGCGAGCGGCCGUUCACCUGUUCGGACUGUGGGAAGGGAUUCACUUGCUUAGCUAAACUGAAGCUACAUCAGAGAGUUCACACUGGAGAGAGGCCGUUCACCUGCUCAGACUGUGGGAAGGGAUUCAUUUGCUCAUCUGAACUGAAGGUACAUUGGAGAGUUCACACUGGGGAGCGGCCGUUCAUCUGCUCAGACUGUGGGAAGGGAUUCAUUCAAUCAUGCACUCUGAAGGUACAUCAGCGAGUUCACACUGGGGAGCGGCCGUUCAUCUGCUCAGAAUGUGGGAAGGGAUUCAUUCAAUCAUCCACUCUGAAAGUACAUCAGCGAGUUCACACCAGAGAGAGGCCAUUCACCUGCUCAGAGUGUGGGAAGGGAUUCACUCGGUCAUCUCAACUACAGAGACACCAGCGAGUUCACACCGGGGAGAGGCCAUUCACCUGCUCAGAAUGUGGGAAGGGAUUCAGUCGAUCAUGUCAACUACAGACACACCGGCAAGUUCACACUGGUUCAUCUGCUCGGAAUGCUAUCUCGAAUCUUUUGGAUGAAAAACUUGGUGAAAGAUUUACUACCUUGGAAGUAUGGUUAAAGGAGAGCGAAGAAUCUCAUUGGGACAAAGUGCAGAAAGCAGAGACGACAUCUGGUCUCUCUAAUGUCGAGGAGGGCACACCCGCAAAACUGGAAACAGUAGCUGACCCAAACAAGCACGAUGUUGAAAAGUUGCCUCAAAUGGAAGGACUGUUUGGGACCCUGACCAGUGGUGAGGAGAGUGGUUAG